AUGGGAGAUAAUUCUAAAAUAAAUGAUCAAGAAAAAAUUACAUUAAAAAUACAAGAUCAAGAUGGUUCUACAUUAGAGUUUAAAGUUAAGAAAAAUGUUACAUUUAGAAAAAUAUUAAAGACUUUUGCUGACAAUGUACAUAAAAAUCCGAAUGAGCUUAGACUUACUUUUAAUGGAAAAGUGUUGGGAUUGGAUGAGACACCAGAUUUAAGAAAUAUGGAAGACGGUGAUGAGUUAGAGGUGUUUGCUUUACAAGUGGGUGGCUCUUAUAUUAAAUAUUUUUUUUAUUUAUUUUUUAUGAUCGAUUUUUUUCAUAAAACUAGAUAA